AUGGCGCCGUCUACAAACAUUAUUAUCGCAGUAAUUGGCGUUACCGGUGCUGGAAAGACGACAUUUGUUAGCAAGGCUGCCAAUCGAACAGACUUGGAGAUCGGCCAUGGGAUCGACUCAUGUACACAAGACAUCGAAUCGGUCACGUUUAACCUUGAUGGCAAUCAAGUAACGCUGAUUGAUACGCCCGGUUUUGAUGACACUUUCAAGUCUGAUGGGGACAUCCUACAACUGGUCGCAAAUUACCUAUCCGCAACUUAUGAAAACGGUACACUAUUGAAUGGAAUUAUUCUUCUGCAGCCUAUCCAUGGCACCAGGCUUCAAGGUAACGAAAUGAAACGGACUCGGCUGUUCAAAAGAAUUCUUGGUGAGGAUGCAUACAACCGCGUCAUCAUCGCGACAACAAUGUGGGGUAUGCUCAGAGAUGAUACGCAUGGCGAUCAACAAACCCAGGAAAGAAAAGAACGCAAUGAUGUCUGGGGCGACAUGGAGGCACUUGGAGCGCAAAUUGUUCGCCACGAUGACAAUCAGAACUCAGCCUUGAAUAUCAUUCGCAAGGUGUUCGACUUUCCAAGUCCUCAGCCUCUACAAUUUCAGACCGAACUUGCACUUAAUAAUGGAAGGGUUGCGCUUACGUCGGCUGGAAGACAGCUCGAUGAAGAUCUAGGAGAAGUCGUCGCUCGCCUCAGACGAGAGAUCAAGUCAUUGAGACGAGAACGAAAGGCGGCACAGUCAGAGAUUCAGGAUAUGCAAGAGAGGCUUCGGGAAUUUCAGGCACAAAAGUCUAGCCUGGGUGGGGCAGUUUGCUACUUUAUUAGACACAAGGGUUUAUGGGCAAGCUCCCUAGUAUCAAACGGGUUACAGAAGCCGGUUUCAUGCGACAUCGAUGAGGACCAGUUUGACAACUGGGAGAUGUACCACUCUCUGGCUUGCAGCUUUGAUCACCGAUGCUUUCCCACUGUCGGUGUUGGAACGAAUCGCGACGUUGACCCCACAGUCAAUGCUUUGCGUACCUCAGGACACAGAACUUAUCCCUCCUUUAUACUCUCCAGCGCAAUUCUAUCAAUGAGCACCAUGGAUGAUGCCAAUUCUCUGCAGUUUCAGCUCGAUACUGAUUUCAGCGAGAUGGCAGACACUGAACAGAAAAUUACCUUGAUCCUUACAUCCUACCUUUCAGAGAAACAGAGCAUUACUACUCCAGAAGCCGCUGCACAAAUUGAUAAUCUUUUUCCGCACCAACCUGAAAAAGACGGGAAUAGAAAAUCACUAGGAGGUUUCCUUGCCGCCUUUUGGGACCUUGCGUUCCAAAUCGCUGUCCAGCUUGACUACCAAAGUCAACAAAUGCAAAAGUUCGUCUCUUUGAUUAAGGCCCUGCGUGACCUCCCCAGUACUGCUAUCAUGGAGGACGGCAGGUGUUUAUGGCAGGACUUACCGGACUUGUCGCUUUUCUUUACUGAAAGAUGGAAUCAAGCAGGAAUUACGAAUCAAGCUACCAUUCCACCUGAAGCUAUUCGGCGUUGGGUCAACAUGAAUGGCCUAGCCGCAUAUCUCACGAUUGAAAACCUCUAUGGAGGUUUGUACCGCGCUUUGGAAAGUAUCAAGCUAGGGCUAGAGAACGGCAGCAGAAGGGAAGCUCAAAACAUCAUCGAUUGUUUUGCUCCGGCAGCGGCGACUUGGUUUAUUCUGUCGUCGCAGCACAUUUAUCACAUGUGCAGAGAGAAUGCCCUCCAAGACUCAAGUAAUCGGGGGCAGCUAUGGAAAGGGAGAUCUGGGUUCAAUUUGGAGCGUUGGGCUUUUUGGCGAUCACGAUUUAUUGAGUUGAGAAAUCACUCUUUAGCAAAUGAUGAGCUGAGGGAGGUUUUUUUGGAGGCGGAGACUGCCAUGGAAACAGUGAGCGAGUGA